AUGCUUGGCAACAUGCUCGAGUGGCUGGACUUUGGCAUCUACGGAUACUCGCAGUCGGACAUAUCGGUCCAGCUUUUUGCCGGGAGCGAAACCGCCAGUUGGGCAACCUUUGGACUGGGCUACGCGUUCCGACCGGUCGGGGCCUUUGUGUUGGGAAAGCUGUCCGAUGCGUACUCGCGAAAAAGCAGCUUUCUCGUGGCCAUGCUCGGCAUGGCCUUUUCGACGGCGUUGAUGGCCACAAUUCCCGCGGUGUGCGGAGAAGAGGGCGUAACAAUCGACUAUUGCGUUGGCGCCGUUUGGAAAAGCGCGGUGCCGGCGGUUGCGCUGCGCUGCGUCCAGGGUUUUUCUGCGGGCGCCGCCGCGGGAGGAAUCAACGUGAUCCAGUCAGAGCUGUGGUCGACCUCUGACCGAAAGGGGGCGCUCGCGCAGUCCGUCGGCGUGAACAACGCCAGUGGAGCCGCCGCUUCCAUGCUCUCUGCCGCCAUCGUCUUUGGCCUCCGCUCCGUGCUCGGCAGCGAAACCUAUGCCGCAUGGGGCUGGCGGCUCGCCUUCCUGGCGGUGGUUCCGCCCAGCAUGCUGGCGAGCUACCUGAUGCACACCUCGGUUCCUGAGUCGAACGAAUUUGCCACCACGGACGAUGAUGUUGUUGUCCUGAAGCACAAUGAGUCCAUCAAGAACGACGUCUCGGACGCAGUGGUCAACCCGGCGGCCCCGAUGAGGACCACCUCUGUGGGCCCUCGCCUAGGGUCGAUUUAUGAGAGCUCGCCCAAAGUGCCCAUCCCAGCUUCUACUACGAUGUCGCGGGACCCGCCUUGGCUUGUAAUCGUUGUCUCGAUCUACGUUCAGUUUGCCAUCGCGGCCUACAACAACCUCAACGUCUCGUACGCCAAGGAGCACUACGGGGUCUCCGUGAGUACCGCAACACUGAUGCAGGUGGUGGGAAAGGCGGUCCAAGUGGGGAUGACACCCCUAGCAGCUUUGCUCGCCGACUUGAGAGGCUGGUAUGGGGCAUGCGCCUUUGGUGGGAUCAUGUGCAGCGUGUUGGCCCUUCCUAUGAUGACGGCCAGCGAAUUUGGUGGCGUCAUCAGCACAUGGAUGCUAAUCUCGGUCGCCUUCCCCAUCGUCUCGACGGUGUGGAUCCUCAACGCGCCGCUGCUUGCGACGUCCAUCUUCCCCGUGGAGACCCGCAGCAAGGGCACCAGCCUGGUCAUGGCAACGGCAGCGGCGAUCAGUGGCUUCUUCCCGCUCGCCCUCAACGAGAUCACCAACGUGUACGCGAGUGGGGUGGUGCUCGCCGUCGUCGCGGCCCUUGCCAGUUGUGGGAUCCUCUGGCUCGGUCGCAUCACGGCGCUCAAGCACCUCGUGCUGCACGACAACGCACUGAGCGGCUCGAUCCCGCCCCUAAGUGGCAUUCCCAGCCUGCGGUACCUGCAACUCAGCGGCAACCGGCUGAGUGGCACCAUCCCGCCUCAGCUUGGCGACCACCUGCAUCUGAGCUCCCUGGACGUCUCGCGCAACCGCCUGAGCGGCGGGAUCCCGGCGGAGCUCGCAAAUCUCCGGUUCUGCGGCAUGGUGUCUCGCUUUGCGCCGCCUCGGUCAGACCUUUGCUCCCUCGCUGAUCCGGUCGCGCCGGGAGGCGAGGGGAACCAGUUCGACUGCCCCGUACCGCCGCUGCCCGCCCCCUUUCAGCCGGCAGCGACCUUUGGAGGAAGCAGCUAUAGCUACGGCGCAGGGGACGCGAACGCGUGGCUCGCCCCCAAGCAAGCCUCGCAGCCACCGCCGCCGCCGCCGCCGCCGCCACCGCUGCAAGGCGCCGUGGCGGCGGAGUUCUCGACCCAUGAGAGCGGCCGCGCCGACUUUCGAGGCAAGCACGGCCAAAUGUACGCCUUCUUCUCGGCGCCUGGACUGGCGGUCAACGUCAAGACGGAGGAUAAUCCCGAUGCAUCAUUUCUUCUCAAUAAAAACCACCAUCACUUGGAGGUCGACGGCUCGUUCAUCACCGAGGUCCACAUCGUGGCGCUCGUCGGCGGCAAAAAGCGCAAGGCGGCCAACUCGCAAGUCGCGACCGCCUCCUUUUGGGCGUCCGAGCUGUCCGAGUUCAAUACGGGGUGGCGGGUGGAGCUCGCGGUGCGAGGAAACAACGUGUACGGCCGCCUCUCCGGCCCCGCGCACCGGCUCGAUAUGAGCUUCACCGCAGCAGACAGCGACACGGCCGCCCUCGCCAUGCCGCACGGCCUGAUUGGCCAGUCCUUCUCGGCGCCGGCGCGACGGGAGGGCAAGGUGGACGACUACCCGCUGGAGGGGCACUUUGCAACGAGUGCGAUGGCGGAGGGGGCGGUCGAGGGGACGCCGGGGCUGUACGAGGUGUCGUCGCCGUACGCGACGAGCGAGUUCACCUUCUCGCGCUUUAGCCAGCCGCUCGGGGAGGCGGUAAGACCGCGCGGGCAGCACCACGGCGACCGGCUGGCACUCGACGAGAACGCGGUGCAGUGCGGCGCCGCCUCCGAGGCGCUCACCCAGUGCCUCCGGAACCAUGGGCUGUCUCUCGACCCGAUGCUUCUCGUGUCAGAGCCGUCGCCGCAGAGCGACCUCUGCCUGCCGGCGCUGCACGCAUACCAGCGCUGCGGGCGUGACGUGCUGCUGGUGCUCGAGCUGACGCGGCAGGGCGGAUGCCAGGCGGAGGUGGCAGCGGCGAGAAGGUGCAACGAGGCUCCGUCGGCCAACUGCGAGUCGGCAGAGCUUGCCGCGAUGCUCUGCCUGCAGCGUGGCGCGGCGUCGCGCCCGCCGGACUGA